AUGACGACAGCUGCCGGCUAUUGUCAGCAAGGUCAUGAUGCAGAGGGGCAGCAGGAGGUUGAGGAGGUGCCUGGCCUGCAUUCCCUCCGACGUGAUUUCGCGCAUAAGCCUCCUGGGCGCCUCAACCAUGGCUCUUUCGGUGCUGCUCCCGUCUCUGUCCUAAAGCGGCAGCGCCAGUACCAACAGCGCUGGGCGGAGCGGCCCGACGACAUGUUCUUUCGAGGAGAGCUCUUCGCAGAUCUUCGACUUGCCUCAGCGAGCUGCAUCCCCUUGAUCACCAGCAGUGACAACGUCCUGCCUCAGCAAGUGGCAUUGAUAGAAAAUGCGUGUGCUGCAACGGCCAUGAUUGCACACCGCUGGUCAAAGCUGAUAAGCCCAGGCGACGUGGUUUUUGUUCUUGACUGCGUCUACGGUGCCUGCAGAAUGUGCCUCCAAGAGCACUGUUGCAACGAUCCACGCAUAGGUGGGCAGCUCUGUACACUCAGCAUCUUCGAGGAGCACGGAUCUUUUCCGAAAUCCCCUGGUGUAAUAAUGGAGCGAUUUCGGGGCAGCCUUCAGAAGCAGAUCAGCUGCAUUGUUGGACAGGCAGGGAAAGAUGACAGGCAAACAUUCGAAAAACGCCGGCCAGCACGAAGAGAGUGCAAAUUGUUCUUCUUCUUGGACUAUGUGUCCUCACAGCCCGCCUUCGUAUUGCCUGUUGCAGAGAUGCUGCGGGAAAUUGGGGUCCUCCUGAGUACGAAUGUACAUGCUGAGCAAUCAGAGAUGCAAUUGUCUUUGGGUGAAGUCUGCAUCGAUGCCGCGCAUGCAUUUGCAGUAGAAGGUUUGGACGUGGUACAGCAAUUCGAGGGCUUGCCCUGUGAAUUGAAACCUCACUGGUGGUUUGCAAAUUUGCACAAGUGGGCUUUCGCGCCUCCGACUGCCACGGUGGUGUAUGCCAAAACCGCGGAGCUCAUGUCUCAAACCUCCCAUCCGAUGAUCAGCUGGUUCUACGGAAAGGGCUUGCAAGAGGAAUGCCUUUGGGCCGGAACUCGUGAUUACAGUGCCCUGCUCAGUGUGCCGGCGGCAGUUCGAUUCUUCCGAACUUGGCGGAGCCCGGAUGGUCUUGGUCCGGCGGCCUUCUCGAAAGCCAGUAUCCUUGAGGCCGGUAAAUACCUGUCUGCGCUUUGGGGGACAUCGGACAGUUUGCCAGAUCCCGAGCUGGUAUGCGCUUUGAUGAUGGUGGAACUCCCACGGGAAUUGGACGUAGGAGCGCAGGAUCUCCCCGGUCUUCCCACAUCCGACACAAAAGAGAGGCGGAGUGUGCGAACGAUUCUCAGAGAUGACUUCAACGUCGAGGCGGCUGUCGGCAGUUUCGGGUCCUGCGGAAAUUUCAUCCGCCUCUCCUAUGCUGUGUACAACACCUGGGAUGAUAUCCUCAGCUUAGGCCGUGGGGUCAUCCAAAUCUUACAGGCUCAGCAGAGCAUGAAGACCGAGCACGAAGCACAGAGGUGA